GUGUUGUGGUUCUUAGUGUGGAAUGUACUGUGUGUUAUGAGUUUUUUGUUUUAGUUAUUUAUGAAUAUGUGAUUUGGUAUUUUGAUUGAGUUUGUUGCAAUAAAGAGUUGCAUUGUUUAAAUUGAAUUAGUUGCAUUGUACUAUAAUUUAGGGGUUUUGAUUUGGGUAUUUUGAUGUAUGUAUUUUUGGAAUGUGUUAGUUGAUUCGGUUGGAUUUUAAAUAUUUGGGAAUAUGAUAAAUGGAGAUUUUUUGAGCAAUAUGACAAAAAAAUAAUGCAUGAGUUCUAUAAUAUUAGGCUGGAUGGUCUUUUAGUGAUCUUAUGAUUGUGGAAAUGAUUUGGCUUUAUUUGUUGUUUUUGGGAUAAAAUAUGAAAUCAUCAAAUAUUGGUAAGUAUGGUACCCGAUUUUAGAGGCACUAUACUCAUACAAUUUAAAGAUCGUAAUAGAAGUAGGAGAUUAAUAUAAAUAGGAGAUAUUAUGAAACCAAACAAUUUGUAUCAAACAAAACAAGUUGUGUAUUGAACUAAAAACUUAACACACAUAAAUUAGGAAUACUAUUAAAAAUUCGGAUAACAAUAACUGAAAAAAAUAUCUGUUUAAAAUUUUUGCAACCCCAUCAAAGCUUAAUGUGCAUACUUGAGGGUAUUGUAAUCCAGUUCCUGGUCUUACAGUUCCUUGUCAAUUAUUUUUUUCUUUUUUCAUGAGUGUACAGACCAAACUCCUAAACACCUUCAAUUGACCUUCGCAUUGCCUAUAAACACAAAUUUUGUAUAAUCUUUUGGGCCAUACAAAAAUCCUUAGUAAAUGCUUGUCCUUUUUCAAUUACAAAUUUUGUAUAAUCCUUUGGCCAUACAAGAAACUAUAUUUUACAACUUGUAAGAAAGAUGUGAUUCGAAUUCAGUUUAGUGGCUUGAGAGGAUCAAAUUCUAGGUUGCUACUUGUAUUUAUAAAACAAAAUACUUUGACAACUUUCUUUCUUAGAUCUUUGUAGAGAAUGGGGAAGUUUUCUGUACUAAUUAUGCUUCUUCUUUUUUUUGUGCCUUUACUGCAUUUUGCAUAAGUUUGGUACUGUACUUUGUUGGUGUUUUGUGUCCACGGAUUUCCUCCACCAUGAGUGAGAGGUCUCAAUAUAUUUGGGAGGAGGUCACCCGUGGACAUGUGAACCUUUUUGUCUCUUUUCGAAAAAAUUAGAAAUUGUUGUAAUCUUUUUGACCAUUGGCAAACUUCAUGCUUAAUUGAGGCCCUAAGAACCUCAAGAUCUAGAGUUCCAAGAUUUAAUUGAGAAGGUCAAUAAUUUUUUCUAAAUUUUAUGUUACAUAUGUUGGCAUCAUUGUAUGUUAAAAGUGAAUACUGUAUAACUGACUUUACUGUGAUGUUAUUGUAAUAGUAUAGUAUGUAAGGAAAAUAUGCUUACUUGUUGCGAAGGGAGACUAACAAGUUACAGAAUCCAUUAUUUAGGCAUAUUGGUACAUUGUACUUAACAGUUUCCAUAUAGUACAUUUAACAAAUAGACUAUAGUACAUAUAAUGAUAGUAUGUUAUAUAGGAAGAGAUGCUUACCUGUUAUUGUACACAUAUAGGAAAUUAAGUGUCGGGAUGUCAUGAAUACACUGAAAUGUUAGACGAUUGCAUGAAUUAUUCAAAGUCUUUGUCUUCCAAUAUUUUAGUGUUUUGAAUGUUUGUUAAUUUAAGUUAUUUUGUCUUGUGUAAUAGGUUUAUAAAAUGGUAUUUAAACGGAAGAGGGGGGCUGCUGCAGACAAAAAGGAUGCAGCAGAGAUAAAGAAGAAGGAUCCGAAGGAAGCUUGGCCGAAGUACUACCAAGCCAAUUUCUAUGCUUAUGCUGAUGCACACAAAGAGAAACCUAAAGCAGAUGUGCUUCGUAGUUUUAAGGAGCAAUUCAAGCUUCUUACCGAUGAAGAGAUUGAGAAUUGGGCUGCAUACGAAGUCGAGGCUUCCCCCUCCAAGGUUGGUGGUAGAGGGAAAGGGAAGAAGGUGAAGGAGACAUUAUCUGCUGAGCCAGGGAUUGACAACAACGAAGGUGUGGGGGACGUUCAAGUUUCUGGUCGUUGCUCAUUCGAGCGUUUGGGGAGAAUAGUCCCACUGCUCAACGAGGGUCAAAAAGAAAUGGUGAGAAAUGCCGGUUUCUCAACAUUUUUAAGGGAGGAUGCCCCGUACAUAGACGCUAAGAUAGUUAGUUGGCUGAUCGAUCACGUGGAUCCAACCACUUCUCGGCUGGAGAUAUUUGGAAGAACAAUCCAACUAUCCGCCAAGCUGUUUGAGGAUGUCAUGGGAAUCCGGGAUGGCGGAGAACCCGUGGCAACCGAAAGUGAGCGUGACCUGGUUGAGUUUGACGUCCUCUUCAAGGCCAAGGACUAUAGGUAUUCCCUGACUUUGCUGGAGAAUGAGCUCAGGGAAACCAGCGACAGUGACUACCUGUUUCUCAUUAAGUUUCUCCUUGUCUGUAUUGGAACUGUGUUGCUGCCGAAGAAUGGUACCGAGGUCAGCACUAGCUACAUGCAUUCUUUAGUUGACAUAAGGUCAAUUAAGAAGAAGAAUUGGGCGACUGCCGGAUAUCGAUAUCUAAUGAGCUUUCUACACCGGUACAAGACGAAGAACACCAAAAAUGUCUCCGGUUGCACGAUAUUUUUACAGCUUGUAUAUUUGACGCACGUAGACUGGACUGCUACUCACGUGGACCGAACUGUGGCUCCAAUUGACUUUUGGACCACAAAACACUGCAAGUCAGUGUACAAGUGGAUUCGAGACCAGGGUGGUCACACAAGUGGAAAGGUGAAGUUGACUAACACGUAUGUGUUACUGCCAAGUUUUGAAUCCGCUGCAGUUGGGCAACCCACAAAUGACGCAAUAUACAAAGCUGUGUGUGAGUUGAAAGAUGAGGUCUUCCGGCUUGAUUUGAAGGUGAGCAGCGCAAAAGAGUCAUCGAAGGUACUCUCCACUUACCUUGGGAAGGGGACUAUGAAAGAAGUGUUGGAGAUACCUGAGACGAGCAAAGUUCAGCGCUCGCUUUCGUUCAACGGGGAGACCGAGAAGAAGGAUGACGUCGGUGUCGAGGAAAAGGAUGGUGAAGGGACGAAGGAUGACGUGGUUGUCGAGGAAAAGGAUGGUGAAGGGACGAAGGAUGACGUGGGUGUCGAGGAAAAGGAUGGUGAAGGGACGAAGGAUCAAUUGGAAGAGGAUGUUGAUGAUGUAGAGAGUGUCCCUUCACUUAAUCUAUCAGAAGAGAAGGUCGUUGUUCCAACUAAGGUGGUUGUUUCUGAUGAUUCGUUUGAGGUUAUGAACUUUUGGGGAGAAGAUCUCCCCGCUAUUGUAAAAGAGGAAGUUGAGCAGACAGUGAAGGAUGAUUUUGAUGAUGCUGCGUUCGAAAGAUUCAAAGAAUCUGGAGGGAAGGUGAUUGGUCCGUUCACUGUGAAGAAGGGUUACUCAAAUCAACAGUACGAGUUGUUCCGUUACAUUUUCUCUAGCGCCAAUGAUCCGAGUGAAGUGUUAGCCCAUUUUGGGAAGGUUGAGGUCGAGCGGAUGUAUUUCAAAUGCAUGAAACCCGAGACCGAUAUAUCACACAGUCUCAUUGAUUGCUUUGCUCAAAUCAUGAAUUUUCGAGAGAAGAAGCGCAACGGCAUUGGAAGUAAGAGAACUUGGUUUAUGCCCACCAGAAUUUCGAGCAAGUUACUUGGAAGAUCGAUGACUGUGGAGAGGAUGGCGAAGCAGCAAGAGUGGUCCACUCUUUAUUACGAUGCAGAUUUGAGUUUAUGUCACACUAUGGUGGUACCCCUACUGGAUACCGAGAGUGCUCCGCACUGGUUUGCGGCGAAUGUGAGCAUGGUUAAUACAACAGUGGAAAUUAGGGACUCGUUGUCUUCUGCAAUGCAUAAGAGGUCACGUCGGAGCACCUGCGUAGAGAUGCUCCAGACUUUGGACCAAUUGUUUGCCCCUGUCAAGCCAGGAGACCUGAAUUUCAGCGAGUUUGUAAUUAUUUCUUCAAGCAAGGACUACCCACAACAACAAAAUGGCCACGAUUGUGGAAUGUUUGUAAUGAAGUACAUGGAAUCACUGUUCGAGGAAAAUGAAAUAUUGGAAGAGUUUGAUCCUAUUGAAGCGAGACUGGAUUGUGUUGGGAAAAUUGUCACCCACGAGAGUAACAAGGCUAAACAUGCUGUGAUGGAGGGAGUUAAGAAGCAAUUUGGAUUGAGCAAAACCAAAGUUCUUCCAUCAACAUCUACAACUAUAGCAUUACGUAGUCCAUCAAGGUCUCCUCGAGACUCCCGAUUCAAGACACGGCGAAGGCCAGGUCCGAAACCAUGUGGACUGGCAAGAGCAAGUCCCCGAAAACACGUCAUUCUAAAAGGCUGGCCAUAA